CUACUCCACCACCUCAUCACCUUUUCCUCUCUCCUCUUCCAUGUUGCUCAGUACCCUGGUACAGGAUGAGGCUUCCAGCCACAUGGGCUUUGCCUCCAAUAGUGGAGAAUCAGCGUCGUUGAUGAGAACAACAGUUCACCCAGCAACCAUCCAAAGAAUAAAGAAGCCUUGCAAGCGGCAAAAAGUCACAGUAGCAGCCUUGAGGGUCGACGGUGAAGUUGCUCAGGCUUUGGCGGCACCGACAAUGAGAGGAGCAGUUCCCCGUCGAAUUGUAGAAUAAAAGGUUUGAACAGUACCAACGUGGCCCCUAGGCUACAGAAAACAGCUGUUGCAUCUUGUCCCUGGACCGCUCGGCACGUUACAGCACAAUGACAUUAAAGCUCCUUAGCAACUGAUGAGGACGUGCAACGUCGGGAUGACCAGCCUGUAUUUGACAAGUGUGUUUUUCACCUCGUUGGAGAGACGAGCGGGGAGGUCAGCGAGAGGGAUCAGGGGAGGGGGCCAAAGAGCCGGCGAGGGAAGGUGUGAAGCGAACGCUCAGAGAGGGAAUCAAAGCGCUACAGUGGGAACGGCAUAAAGCCGCAGGGAGUCGGAAACUCAGCCAGACUGAAGAAAAAAAAAAAGUCAACGGUAUCAAAGAACUGGCCAAACGCCCGUUUACUGAAGGAGGAUUGUCUUUUGCAGACAAAGCCACAAGGGGACAACAGGAGACGGCCCUAGUCAUCUGUCAACAACAACCUGAACAAAAAGCACACCAUCAUGGAUGUAGAUCCCUCGAACGGCACUUUUGACAACAGUACGCACAUCUCCUCUGCUCCCCACAGCCUUUGGGAGGUCAUUACCAUAGCAACUGUCUCUGCCAUUGUCAGUGUGAUAACUAUUGUCGGUAAUGUUUUGGUCAUGGUGUCCUUCAAAGUAAACAGCCAACUGAAGACGGUGAACAACUAUUACCUGCUGAGUUUGGCCUUUGCAGACCUCAUCAUAGGAGUGUUGUCUAUGAACUUGUACACCACGUAUAUUCUGAUGGGCUACUGGUCCUUAGGAAGCCUUGCAUGUGAUCUCUGGCUCGCAGUGGAUUAUGUAGCCAGCAAUGCUUCCGUUAUGAAUUUACUUGUGAUCAGCUUUGACAGAUACUUCUCCAUCACAAGGCCGCUGACUUACAGAGCUAAGAGGACUCCAAAGAGGGCGGCCAUCAUGAUAGGCCUCGCAUGGUUGGUCUCGUUUGUCCUCUGGGCACCACCCAUUCUUUGCUGGAAGUACAUCGUGGGAGAAGAGAAGGAAUCGGUGGACGAAUGCCAGAUUCAGUUUUUAACAGAGCCGGUGAUAACAUUCGGGACUGCCAUUGCUGCUUUCUACAUCCCCGUCUCUGUCAUGACGAUUCUUUACUGCAGGAUCUACAAGGAAACCCAAAGACGCACAAAGGAUCUGGCAGAGCUGCAAGGACUCGCGACUGAUCAUGUCCAAGAGGGAGCUAAACCGCAGAAAACUAUUAUUCACUCUUGUUUCAAUUUCACCAGAGAGAGGAGAGACAGGAGCCAGGCCUCCUGGUCCUCGUCGAACCAAAGCAAUGCCACGAAAACCACCACAAGAUCGGACGAAGCGUGGGUCAAAGCCGACCAGAUCACAUCCUUCAACAGCUACUCCUCAUCCGACGAGGAGGAGCCUCACGCUUCCAUUGAGACCCCGCAGGGAUCGUUGAGAGAGAAAAGUCAAUCUGAUAAGAAUGGCCAAGUGACUGACUACACAGAAGAUCAGUAUUCGUAUUCAACGCCUUCAAAAAAGAGCAGUAAAAAAUGCAUUUCUUACAAGUUCACGCCUGCUCCAAAGGCUGAAAAAGGAAGCCCUGCUAGGGCUUCUCCUCGCCUUCCAGAAACCGAGGAGAAAAACGCCUCCCCUUCCUCCUCCACUGCCUCCAAACCCAUGGACCCGGUCCUGAAGAACCAGAUCACCAAGAGGAAGAGAAUGGUUCUGGUGAAGGAGAAAAAGGCGGCACAGACCCUCAGCGCCAUCCUCCUGGCAUUCAUCCUCACGUGGACGCCGUACAACAUCAUGGUGCUCAUCUCCACGUUCUGUGCCAAGUGCAUCCCGACGUCCCUGUGGCACCUGGGCUACUGGCUGUGCUACGUCAACAGCACUGUCAACCCCAUGUGCUACGCCCUGUGCAACAAGACCUUCCAAAAGACCUUCCGCAUGCUUCUGCUGUGCCAGUGGAGGAGGAGGAGAGGCGAGGACAAGCUGUACUGGUGUGGACAGAACCCAAACGCUAACAAUAAAAUGACUUGAUGGAUCAUGUGAGCCAUGGAAAGGGGCUGGAGCCUAGCCCAGCUGAUUGGUGGACACCCAAUACUGGUUGCCAGUCGGUUACGGGGCGCUCAUUAAUGGGGCAUUGAGUGGGACUCAAUCCCACACUAGUUCUACAAAAGUCAGCUAUGUGGACCACUACACUACCAGUUCACAUUAGCUACUUUUGUUGACACGUUGAUGUUACUGAUGUAGUUUGUGAUCAGCAUGAAGUGCUGCAUGUGAUUUAUUUUUUGUGACAUACAUGUUGGUCGGUGCAAAAUGAAGUUUAAGUUAUGGUACUAAACAUGGUGGCUGGAAGGUGCCGCUAGAAGACAGUGGCAGUAUUUUACUCAUACAGCGGUGGAUGAGGAAUUUAUUUACCAAACUUCAGAAAGUGUUUGUAAAAAAUAUAUUAUAAUCAUGUUUUAAUAUAAACACUACACCACAAAUGAUGCUAUUUCCAUCCAUCUUCUACGCCGCUUAUCCUCAUUGGAGUCGCGGGGGUGUGCUGGAGCCUAUCCCAGCUGACUCGGGGCGAGAGGCGGGGUACACCCUGGACCACGCCAGCCUGUCGCAGGGCACAUAUAGACAAACAAUCAUUCACACUCACAUUCAUACCUAUGGACAACCUAACAUGCAUGUUUAUGGAAUGUGAGAGGAAACCCACGCACGCACGGGGAGAACAUGUAAACUCCAAAUAGAGAUGCCCUAGCGGAGAUUCAAACCCAGGUCUUCCCGAUUUCCUGACUGUGUGGCCAACAUGCUACCCACUCGGCCGCCGUCCGACAAAUAAUGCUACUUAAUAAAGAAUAUAGAGUGCAUUAUAAUAUGUAUUAAAAUGGAUAUAUAAAAAUGAUGUAUUUUUUUUUGUGGAUAUUAUUCCCCCAUUUUGAAUAGAUUCACGCAAAUAUCAUCCUAACACAUGACACAUGGGGGAGGGCACUACCUGUGGAAAUACGGUACUUUUUAUUUUUAUUUUUACAUUUUAUUAAGUUAAUGUAAUGAAAAAGAAUCUAAUGUGAUGUUUGAAUGUAAUUGACAUCUGAUGUAUUAAAAAAAGAAAUCAAAUCCAUAUAUUUAUUGUGCCAUUUGACACAAAUUCUAGAAUCAUAUUAAAAUGUGUGGCAAGCUCACCUGCACUGUAAAUAUAUACAUAGAAGGAUUUAUUUAGGUUUAUGAGUUUGUACAUUUACUUAGUGUUUAUCAAUGGUUGCAGUUGACGUUUUGUUCCAAGGGCUAACUGUUGCUCUGUAUUACUUUUACAGUUUCAAUGUGAUAUUCAUAUUACAGUACAGAAAAACAAAAGGUGUUGAGAUCUAUCCUAGGCUCCAUUUCAGCAUAAUGACACCUGUUAUGACUCUCUGAUGGAUGUCUGAUGCUGUGUAUAUAAAAGUUGCACUAUGUCAUGUGAUGAUGUCACGUCAAACUCUGUGCCUUCUGUUCGGCUCAGAGGUGAAACACUUUUCUUGUGACUGAAUCUGUGGUAAUUGUCUGUGCAGUUAUAUUAAAGUGGGUCUGUAUGUGUUAAUAUGACAUAAUAGUGAAAUACAAACACAAUAGCUGGAUUACAAUUUUGUCCACUUUAACAUUGACUCUGGCCUGAUUUGUACAGUUUAGGUCCUGUUUGUGCCAUUUUGCUAUGUAAGUCCUAAUUAGGCCUGUCGCGAUAAAACAAUUUGCUGUUCGAUAAUUGUGCUAUUAUCGGCGAUAAUCGAUCUUAUCGAUAACAUUUUUGAGAC